CGCACCAUAGUAAUGCGUCAUGGCUCAUUCGCUAGUGAAGUCGCAUACCUUUGACUUUCCUCUUCUUUUCUCUCCAUGCUUUCCUUGACUUAUCCUCAUUUCCACUUUCCAAGAAUUGAAUCAAUUGCAUAUAAUUCCAACGAACAAUAACAAUUGCGUUUGAUCAAUUAGAACCUCAAGCAACUAUCUCUCAAAAUGUUUCGCACCACCAUCAUCAAAUCCCCCACGCGUCUCCGCCUACAUGCUCCCUCCGUCCGUCCUUUCACCCUCUCAGCCUCCAACCGCGUAGCCCAGUACCCCAACGACCUAAGCACGAACUCAAAAACCAAAACGGACCUCUACGACAGCGAUAAACCGCAUGCAGUCCAGGACAAGGUCCGGCAAGGCGAUACACAUAAUGUGCAAGAGAGCAAUGCAAAGGCUGGCAUGGACAGCGCGCACAAGGAGGGCAAAGGUGGACAUGCAACUGAGCGCAAGGAUUCGGCGGGAGGGAUGGAGACGGCCAAGAAGGAGUUUCCUGAGGCGCCGGAUCCGGCGAUUGGGAUGCAGGAUGAGAGGGGUGGACGAGGUGCUUGA